AUGGCAUUGUAUAAGGCUAGGGAGUAUAAGAUAAAGCAGCGUGAGGAUGCUAGUGAGCCGGAACUGGGUUCUUUAGAGGCAUUCCUCAAUCCGCCUCCUCACACGGAAGCUGUUGAGCUCGAUAAGACUGAGCUCGAUGAGGCUGUGGAUUCGCAGUGGGAGCUGACGUCAGGAUCUCCAGCCCUAGGGAUAGUCCUGGGACAAACUGCAAUAAUGCUGGGCUUGAGCGUGGCAAGUGGCGUCGAUUGA